GCCCCGCGGUGGGAGUCACGGGGCGGGCGGGCCGCUGCCAUGGAGCUGCCUGCCGUCAGCCUCAAGGCCAUCAUUCUGGUGCACUGGCUGCUCACAGUGUGGGGAUGCAUGAAUAACUCGUUUCCAGCCUCCUAUGCUUGGGGGAAUUUCAGUGUCCUUGCAGUGGGGAUCUGGGCCAUUGUGCAGCGAGAUUCCCUUGAUGCCAUUGUGAUGUUCCUGACCGGCCUGCUGCUCACGGUCCUCACAGACAUCAUUCACAUCUCUGUCUACUACCCUCUGCGUGGUUAUCCCAGCGAUGUGAAGCGUUUCAGUAUGGGCAUGGCCAUCUUCAGCCUCCUCCUGAAACCUGGAUCCUGCUACUUUGUGUAUCGAAUGUACCGGGAGCGUGGAGGGGACUACAUCUUCAACAUAGGUCUCAACCGUGCAGGCCGGGACCGCAGUGCCUAUGAGACAAUUGAUCAGCAGGAAAGCUCUCCGCUGUGGCCUGACUCAAGCAAGACAGCACAGCAUCCAUAUUGAGGCCCUUGUCUGCAGCAGAAUGGACACCUCCCUCCCUCAGUCCAGCCUUACGCUCCUCCCAUGUCUGUUCUGAUGAAACAAGACCUUCUACUGAGCAAACAGGAGAGGAUCUGAUUUGACUUUUCUUUUUCCUUCCUGAAGAUUAGGCAGAGGGGUUCCUGGAAUGAGCCCAGAACAUCUCAGAUAACUUUAAGCUCUGUGACUCUUUGUGAUUCCAACACACUGCUUUCCUCCCUCCCCCUAAAUCCCUCCUCUGUAUGUGCAAGUGGAUGCACCUUCUGCAUUCUUCCAAGUCUUGUGUUGUGCCUCCUCUCGUUUGUAAGUAAGGGAGAUGCACAAAAUAUUCCUGGGCAAGCUAUCUUUAACAAGCUUAUGGACUGCCCCUAAGACAGCACAGUUUAGCCUGUCUUCUUGCUGGUACGUUUCCAGGAAACAUCUGAGAGUUCUUGAAGGCUGUUUUUGAUGAUGUUUUUAAAUGAAGAUUUAUGACCAUAACUCCAUGUGCUAGCUGUGGUGGUUUACGUGCAGCUGGGGUUUGUAUAAAGUGCUCUUACUGGGCCAGGGAGCAUUCAUUGAUGCUUUUAUGAAAGUUAAAUGUCCUUCAGGAUACUUAAAAUGGCUGGUAAAUGUUGAUUACGUGUGCUCUGUGCCUUGAAAUGUCCUUUUGCCUUCAGCUGCCUGCCUUAAUGGGACUUGAAGUGUUAUACUUUUCUAAGAAAGCUAUGAAAUGAAUACAGUUCUGUGUUAGAAAAAAAAUUA